UAUCAAAAACCAAUUCACCCUGAAAAUAAAGAAACUGGCUAGGGUUUUGCUUAAACCCUGAAUACCCACCCACCCAUCCUUCCAACCCAUCAUGGCCAGACUACUUCGUAACGUAUCCAUUAUCAAACGAUCCCUUUGCUUUUGUCAGGAUUCUAAGAAAUGUUUAUUGGGAUCAUCUUUUCAGAUAAACACCUUCUCUACUAAAGGUAAAAAGAAAUCAAAGUCCGAUGGAAGUGAUUCAGGUGAUGAACAUCUGUCUAAAAAGGAUCUCGCCUUAAAGCAAGCAAUUGAUCAGAUUAACACCUCUCAUGGAAAGGGGUCUAUCAUGUUUCUUGGUCAGUGUGCGUCUCCCAGACAAGUCCCGGUGGUAUCUACAGGAUCUUUUUCAUUAGAUAUAGCACUUGGAGUUGGCGGGUUUCCAAAGGGACGUGUAGUGGAAAUAUAUGGUCCCGAAGCUUCUGGAAAGACAACUCUUGCUCUUCAUGUAAUUGCCGAAGCGCAGAAGCAAGGAGGUUAUUGUGUAUUUGUUGAUGCUGAGCAUGCUCUUGAUCCAUCAUUAGCUGAAGCUAUUGGUGUGAACACCCGUGAUUUGCUUUUGUCACAGCCAGAUUGUGGUGAACAAGCUCUGAGUCUUGUAGAUACCAUUAUCAGAAGCGGUUCAGUUGAUGUUGUUGUUGUGGACAGUGUAAGUAAGGUUGCUGCCCUUGUGCCUAAAAGUGAACUAGAUGGUGAAAUGGGUGAUGCGCAUAUGGCAAUGCAAGCUAGACUUAUGAGCCAGGCACUUCGUAAAUUGAGCCAUUCAUUAUCUACGUCACAGACUAUUUUGAUAUUCAUUAAUCAGGUAAGGUCAAAGCUUGCUACUUUUGGUGGAUUUGGUGCACCCUCGGAAGUGACAUGUGGUGGAAAUGCUUUGAAAUUUUAUGCUUCAAUCCGCUUAAAUAUCAGGAGAGUGGGGCUUGUCAAGAAGGGAGAAGAGACGCUAGGAAGUCAAGUUCUGGUUAAGAUUAUGAAAAACAAGCUAGCUCCACCUUAUAGAACCGCACAGUUUGAGCUUGAGUUUGGCAAGGGUAUAUGUCGUGAAUCAGAGCUUAUAGAGUUAGGUCUCAAACACAAAUUCCUCAUGAAGGCUGGAGGUGCAUAUUACAGCAUGGGCGAUCUGAAGUUUUGUGGAAAAGAUGCUAUAAAACGUUAUUUGGCUGAAAACCUAAAUGUACGUGAGGAGUUGGAGACCAAACUCAGAGAAAAGCUUGUGGAUGAACCCAAAAAGGAAAAAGAUUUAGAAACAACAGAUACCGAAGAAGACAUUGUAGCACCUGAUGCAACAGAUGAAGAGGUAGCUGCCGUGGAGGCUUGAAGUGGAAAUAGUUAAUUUAACCUCAAAUUGUAACUUGUUCUCCCUUAAUUUUCUGCUCGAACUGGUUGUACGUGUCUUUUAAGCUUCAAAGGGAGAUUUUAAAUGUUACAACUCUUCCGGCCAAGGGGAAGAUGCUUCAAAAGUGACUAUAACUCACGAGCACUUAAGAGUGACCAUGCACCCUAAUCCGGAUUGUAAGUAUAGAAUUUUUGUGUAUCAUGUGUUAUAAUGAAGUUCUUGAAGAAAAAUUUUCGUUGCUUAAAUCA